CGUUCAAGUGACCAAGAGCCCGGGGAAUCCCGCACCCACCUCCAGCUCCUCCCCGGCCAGACAGCAGCAGCAGCCGAGCAACGCUUCCUGUUUACCUUCUUUUUGGAAUGGAGAUUUCUUCCCAUCAAUUUCAUCUCCUUCAGCAACUCAAUGAGCAGCGCCAGCAAGACUUAUUCUGUGACUGCAGUAUCCUAGUUGAGGGGAAAGUCUUCAAAGCACACAGAAAUGUGCUGUUUGCCAGUAGUGGUUAUUUCAAAAUGCUCCUUUCCCAAAGCUCAAAAGAGACUAGUCAGCCAACCACAGCUACGUUUGACGUCUUCUCUCCUGAUACCUUCACAGUUAUUCUGGACUUUGUAUAUUCAGGAAAACUCUCUCUGACUGGUCAAAAUGUGAUUGAAGUAAUGUCAGCUGCUAGUUAUCUGCAAAUGACAGAUAUUCUUAGUGUAUGUAAGACCUUCAUUAAAUCCUCACUGGAGAUUAAUGAAAAAGAGAAGGAUCACUACUUCACCCUCUCAGCCAAAAGAGUCAACAGUAGAUUUGACUGCCCACCUUUUUAUAGAUCAAGAAGAAAAGUUAAAAGCAACCCCAUCAGUUCUCACUUAAUUCCAGAUCAAAAGGCAGGCAUGGUGAAUGAAAAUGCCUGGACCAAUAACAGGAACCACUCAUCUUCACAAAUGAAUGUCCAACUGCAAGAAACACAGUUAUCCAAAAGAGGCCAAAAGCUUGGGUCGGUGAAAAAGCGCCAAAGGCGUCUAGGACUGUCACAGUCCCAUGCCUUUCUGAAAUAUAAAUCAAACAAACCUGAUGAGGCCAGUGGAAGUUGCAGUGCUUCAGAGACUAACCCCAUUUCUCAAUCCAAAGAGCAAAUUCAGUUUGAUACGGAGAACAACACUGCUCAUACUGGGUACCGAUGUGAUCAAGAAUCAAAGGUGAUACCAAAGAAAUGGUCUGUUGCUCAGCUGGAACAAGAACUUUCAAGAACUUCCCCUGUGUAUAUGGAUUUAAAAGCAGAUGAACUGUAUACCUCUGUGCCCACGAUUCUAGGUGUAAUGGGUGGUUGGAAUGAAGAUCUACUUAAGAUGAGAUUCAAGUGCCCCUUCUGCACCCAUACAGUGAAACGGAGAGCAGACAUGAAGCGGCAUCUUCGAUGUCACACAGGGGAACGACCCUAUCCGUGUGAGGCAUGUGGGAAAAAGUUCACAAGAUUAGAGCACCUACGUAGCCAUUUCCAAACAAUACAUCAAGCUGGCAAACUAAUCUGCAGAAAAUGUAAGAAUCAUGUCACUGACCUAACAGGACAUGUGGUUCAACAAGGAACAAGGCGCUACAGACUAUGUAAGGAAUGUCUAGUUGAAGCAGGUAUUGACAGCAUUCGUGAUGACUUAGACGCAGAACAUCCUCUUACUAUCUCUCUAGGAGACAACAUUUCUGGGUGGCACCUGGAUGAAGAGCACAGAUCAGAUGUAGAGAUGGUGGAGGAUGAACCUGAUAAAUUUGUUAUCCAACAAGUUAAUGAUGAUAGCACAGAUGAGACUGAAGAAAAAGUGAAACCAAAUCCUAGAUAGUUGUAUUUGGAGUGAAAUCUACUACUGCUCAUCUCAUCGCUGACUUACUAUGUCUUGCCAGUUGAGACAAUGAUCUACUUAAUUAAUAGAUCCUUUUUAACAAUGCUGUAUGGGAGCAAAAUAAGGCCUACAAUCUAAUGUGCACAUAGUUUCGGACAUUCCUUUGUGUCCAUAGGAACUUCUUUCCAACUACAUUUUUUUGCUACAAUGUAAAGAUCCCUGAAAAUUGGCCAGAAACAACUGAAUAUCUAGAGAGCUAUUAACAUGACUUAUUUUAUGGUAAACCAAAGACCACCUCAAAGUUCCUGUUUGAAUGAAAGCGUGAACCAUUUUCCUUCCUUUAUUUCAAAGCCUUUGUUAAACAACUUUGUUCUAAGAUAUUCCAAUAAUCUAAAGGUAUUUCUUCAUAGGUUUAAUGUUCUGCCAGCUGCAUCAAAGAACUACUGAAUCAGUUACUAUGAAAACACUUACUAAAGCCAGUAGUUAACAUAAUACAUAUUUUCUGUAAAUACUGUAUUUAACCUA